AUGAAUGAAGCCAAUAACCACGUGUUCGACACAACGACUGGCGAGGAACAACAUCUAUCCAAACGAAACGGUUCUUCCAACGGUACAAGCAAGAACGGGGUUGCCAACAAAAUACCCAGUAUUUCAGAAAUCAAGGCAGCUAUCCCCAACCAUUGUUUUAAAUCAACUAUCAAACAGUCUAUGUAUUACGUUUUCAAAGACAUUAUCCUUAUAAUAGCGUUAUACUGUUUUGGACAUUGGGUCUUACAGUGCAAUUCCAUAAUACUCAAGACGGCACUGUCGCCAGUAUAUUGGUUCUUACAAGGUACGCUGUUAUUCGCGGUAUUUGUAUUGGGACAUGAUUGUAAUCAUGGCUCGUUUUCUAGCUAUGCAUUAUUGAACGAUUGCCUUGGUACUGUUCUACAUUCAUUUGUAAUGACGCCGUAUUACCCCUGGAAAAUUUCGCAUCGUCAUCACCACAACAAUACUGGUAAUAUGGACAAAGAUGAGAUAUUUUAUCCCAUUAGGAAGAAAGACAACAAUAAGAACUCUUUUGCAUUAUUUUUUGGUCUUGGAUUCGGCUGGUUGGCGUAUCUGUGGCGCGGAUUCGGACCACGGCAAAUGAAUCAUUGGAUACCACGACAUGCGAUCUUCGCUAAACAUGUCGUAGGGUGUAUAUUGUCUAUAGGCGUUGUGGGUAUAUGGGUCGGUAUAUUAGGAUAUUAUGUGCAACUGAUGGGUAUGGUGAGUUUGGUAUACCAUUAUAUGAUACCGGUCUUUAUAUGUGGAUGUUAUAUCGUCAUGGUAACGUUUCUACACCAUAGUGAUAUCAACCUUCCAUGGUACAGCGACGACAACUGGGACAGUGUUAAAGGCAAACUAAGCUCAGUCGACAGAGACUAUGGGAUUUUUCACGACGUUAUCCAUACUAUAGGAACGCACCAAGUUCACCAUUUGUUUCCCAUAAUUCCUCAUUAUAAUCUACGCGAAGCAACGACGCACUUCCGGAAGGCAUUCCCGCAAUUAGUGCAUAUCAACGAUAAAAGCAUUUUUCCAGCAUUUACUGAAAUGUUCUUUAAAUAUUCCAGUCAGUGUAUAGUAGAAAAUGAUGCCAAAAUUCAUUACUAUAAAUAA